AUUAUAAACCUGAAAGGACAGUCUUCUACGAUGAGGUAUCAUGGAUUCAUCCAAGGAAAAUUCUUGUUCAGCUUUGGCUAGAUCAGAGUCUAAGAGGGAUGGAGGUUUUAAAAAUAACUGGAGCUUUGGUCAUGAAGAAGAAAGUGAAGGAGAUACAGAUAAAGAUGGGGCAAAUCUACUCAGUGUAGAUGAAGAUGAGGAUUCUGAAACCUCAAAAGGAAAAAAGUUAAAUCGUCGGUCUGAAAUUGUUGCUCCUAGAUCUGGGGAUUUCAUCUUGAAGACAUAUGUAAGACGAAACAAGACUGAAACUUUUAAAACACUGAAAGGCAACUCAAUUGGACUUAACAUGUUGAGCAACAAUAAGAAAUUGAGUGAAAAUACACAAGCUGCAUCAUUAUGUUCUGGAACUAUCGUUCACGGCAGGCGUUUUCAUCAUGCUCAUGCGCAGAUACCAGUAGUCAAAACAGCAGCCCAGAGCAGUCUGGACCAAAAAGAAAGGAAAGAAUACCCACCUCAUGUCCCAAAAGCUGAAAUUAAUCCUGUAAGGUUAAGUCGGCCCCAAGGUGUUGAACGUAUAAUGAAGAAAACAGAAGAGUCUGAGUCACAAGUGGAGCCUGAAAUUAAGAGGAAAGUGCAACAGAAACGGCACUGUAGCUCAUUCCAGCCUGUUUCUUCUCUGUCUCCUGCUUCAAAAAAAUGUUUAACUCAUUUAGAGGAUUUGCAAAGAAAUUGCAGACAAGCUGUAACUUUGAAUGAAUCUACUGGACCGUUAUUAAGAACAUCAAUUCAUCAGAAUUCUGGAGGACAGAAGUCACAGAACACAGGACUAACAACCAAGAAGUUUUAUGGCAACAGUGUGGAAAAGGUUCCGCUGGAUGUGAUUGUGAAUUGUGAUGAUGGUAGACACAGUUAUUUACAGACUAAUGGGAAAGUAAUUUUACCUGGAGCAAAAAUGUCCAAAGUCACAAACUUGAAGGAAAGGAAGACAAGUCUGUCUGACCUAAAUGAUCCAAUCAUUUUGUCCAGUGAUGACGAUGAUGACAGUGACAGGACUAACAGAAGAGACAGCAUAUCUCCGCAGCCGGCGGACUCCGCCUGUUCUUCCCCGGCACCGUCCACUGGAAAAGUAGAAGCAGCCCUCAAUGAAAACACCUACCGAGCAGAGCAUGAACUAAGAAGCAUUCCAGCAGACUCAGAGUUAAAUACAGUUACGUUGCCAAGAAAAGCAAGAAUGAAAGACCAGUUUGGCAAUUCUAUUAUCACCACACCUCUAAAGCGUCGUAAAGUGUUUUCUCAAGAAACUUUAGUUGAUCCUUUAUCUUUAAGCUGCCAAAGUUCCUUUGACAGUGUCAUUUUAAACUGUCGAAGUAUACGAGUAGGAACACUCUUCCGGCUGUUGAUAGAGCCUGUAAUUUUUUCUUUAGAUUUUAUCAAGAUACAGCUAGACGAACCAGAUCGUGAUCCUCUAGAGAUUAUUUUGAAUACCUCUGAUCUAACGAAAUGUGAAUGGUGUAAUGUCCGAAAACUGCCAGUAGUGUUUCUUCAGGCUACACCAGCAGUUUAUCAAAAGCUAAGCAUGCAACUGCAAAUAAAUAAGGAGGACAAAGUUUCGAAUGAUUGUAAAGGAAUAAAUAAGCUAACAAAUUUGGAAGAACAGUAUAUAAUUUUAAUCUUUCAAAAUGGCCUUGAUCCUCAAGCAAAUAUGGUAUUUGAGAGUAUCAUUAAUGACAUUGGUGUAAAGAAUAACAUUUCCAGUUUUUUUGCGAAAAUUCCCUUUGAUGAAGCCAAUAGCAGACUUGUUGCCUGUACAAGAACCUAUGAAGAAAGCAUCAAAGGAAGUUGUGUGCAAAAAGAAAACAAAAUUAAACCUGUAAUUGUUUUUAUUUUAAUUCUGUACUUUUCAGUGUUAAAUCUUUUGAAUUCCAUUUCAGAGUUACUUUUAUGUGUGAUUGGUAAACUGUCUUAUGUCAAAACAGUGAUGG